AUGCAGCGGAAGGUGCUGAGGGAAGUGGCUGAUGCCAUUGCAAGACUGGUAUUUGUCAUCUCUGACAAAUUGGGGGAAGCUGUUGAAGCAUCGGGGCUCAGAAACCAGACCUACUUCACCUUGCAGGCAUUCUCCCACCUCGCUGCUCUUCAGGUCUUCCUCUUAGAGGGAAUUCUUCUGAUGUUCCUAAUUACUCUGACAGGCAACUUUCUCAUCAUUGUAGCUGCAGCCACUGGUCCUGCCUUGCACACCCCCAUGUACUAUUUUCUCAAAAACCUGGCUUUAAUUGACAUUUGCUUUACACUAAACAUAGUGCCCAAGAUGCUUGUGGAUUUGUUGUUGGAGAGAAAGGUCAUCUCCUUUUCUGCCUGUGCCCUACAACUUUACAUUGUCGUAUUCUUCAUCGCUUCUGAGUGUUUCCUCCUGGGUGCCAUGGCAUAUGACCGAUACAUGGCUAUAUGCCAUCCCUUGCAUUACGCCAUAACAAUGAGCAGGAAAGUGUGUAUUCAUAUGGUCACAGCAUGCUGGAUUGCUGCUCCCUCUUACAUACAGAUAAUCCAUACCAUCCUCCAAACGCCAUCUGCCGAAGGAAGACGCAAAGCUUUUUUCACCUGCGUUGCUCACCUGAUGGUGGUGACACUGUUCUGCUGCACAACUGGCUUGAUACGUUUAAAGCCAAAGUCCAAAGUUUCUUGGCAAAGCAGGAAACUGGUGGCUCUUUCUUACACAGUAGUAACUCCUAUGCUGAACCCAAUCAUCUACGGCUUACGAAACAAAGUAAAGCAUGCUCUGAGGAGGACAUUUGGGAGAAGACAACUCUUCAGCAAGGUGCCUCUGCCUAGAUAG